GAAAAAUAUAAAAAAUAGAAAACUUGUAAACAAAAAUGCAUUUUAUGUUUUUAGAAAAGUUGAAUCUGCUUGGAGGAAAAAUGGCGACUGGAAAAGCCGCUACUCAAAACUGUACUCUACAGGACGAGUUUCACUCAGGUACUGAAGUUGCAGGUAUUGAGAGAAAAUCACGGGCCAUUUUCGAUAAAAUCGGAUACUCUGUCUCAUGCGUCCUCCACCAAUCUAAAAUGUCUUCCGAGCUGGCAGUUCUUGGUUUUCUCAGGUCUCAAGAUGAAGAGCCACGUCGCAUUUCAUUCAUGAGCAAUGACUCCACGCCUUACACGUCUUUAUUAAUGAGGAUGCGCGCUAGCCAACGGGACUCGAUAUGUCACUCCGAAGAUACCUCCUCGAGAUAUCUUGGCUCAACAUUGUCUCAGCGCAGCGACUUUUAUAACAGCUACAGGAGUAGUAUACAAUAUAGUAAUGAUUUAGGUGGCAACGAAACACUGCUUUUGGAUAUGGUCCGUGCUCGAAAUCGUGAAUUAGAAGAAUCACCAGAUAAAUCUUUAAACUUGCCCUCAGAUAAUAUGUCAGACGACCAGUCCAGCGACGCGUGCAUCCACGGUCUCAGCUUACGAAUGACGGAACGAAGCGUAUCCAGGUCCCGUGUAUCUCGGAUAUCGACCCGACGGGAUAUGGACAUACCAUCUAUACUAGCAUUCACCACUACCACACCAGCACCUACACAGAUAGAAAUCCCAGCCUUCCAUAAGAUGAAUACGCCUCAACGUGAGGAGAUUCCUCGAUGGUCCAUUCGUCGAUCCGUGUGUCCCGUUUGUUCUCAGAAAUGGAAAGAUCGAAGCUCUAUUAGAAAUGUUAAGAAUUCUGGCUUGAAAAAGAAUUCUUCGGUGGAGUUGCCCACAAUAACAGCCCCGGCUAGAUUAAAGACGUCAAUCACAUUGGCAUACGUACCUCGUCCUGCCCUCGCUGUGGUUGACGAAGAAGCGGGUAUGGGCCACGGUUCAAUGCGCAACACAAGUACAGCUUGGCAACUGACACGUGCACGUCGUCUGCGCAUGCCUAAACCACAGAUGCCGCCCCCCGAAGCUACUGCACCGCCUAGUUCCACAGCGCCCUUAGCCCGCAAAGAUCUGGACGUCCGCGUAAAUAAGUUUCUGAAUGAUGAAGGCUUUACAAAAUAUUUGUAUUGAUAUAUUUAAUGAAUCUAAAAUCGAAUGCAAAGAUGAUUUUCAUAAUAAAUCACUCACUAUACAUAUGCUAA